AUGAGCGCUGCGGCCCCGCCAAGCUCUGGGCCCAGCGGGCUGUCCUCGCGGCUACCCGGCCGGGGCCUCCGCUCCCAGGCCGGCUGGCCGGGCUCGCGUCUGACCACCAUCACAGACCCCAAUCCUCGCGCCCGGCCGUCUCCCCGAGGCCGCAAGCGCCCGGGAGACGGCCGCACCAGCCGUCAGCCCCUGGCCUGCCCGCGGCUGCGGCUCUACGGCCGUCCCCACAGCCGGUGUCCCUCCCACGGCAGAGCCGCCCUCUGCCGUCCGCCAGGCCUUGCCAGCCCAUCAGCCCAGGAGGCCCCGCCCUCCCAGCGGCACGUGAGGCGGGGCGGCGGCGGCCUCGUGGGACCCAGCCCUGGACACAAGGGUCGGUGCGGACCCCAGGCGGUCAGGGCAGAGCUGAAUGAACUGCAGGACACCGCGCGGCGUCCAUCGGGACAGGCAGAACGGCUUGGUGUGGAGACACCCACACGCCCCCUCCCGCAGCUCAGGUCCCAUCUGGGUGCACGGCAGGAGGAGCCGGGGAAAGGGCCGUCCCUGGGGGAGAUCACCGAGACCCCGACUGAGCCGGAGGCCCCUGGGCAGCUGGGCUCCGCCGCCCUCAGCCUGGGCCCUCGGCCGCUGCGGGACACGGGUCCGCAGCAGACACACCGGCCCCGCCCGGGAGCCUCGCCCCGGGAUGCCCCAGUGCAGGCGCUGAGCUCCCCCAGACCCACGCGCCCUCUCACAGCCGCGCCUGCUGCGUGCCACGCCGGGCCCCCAGGUCCAAGCCUCCUGCAGCUACGGGCCCGCGUCCACACGCAGCGUGCGAGGGCGGCCCCGGGACUCCAGAGCCACGCGGUCGCUGCUUGCGAGCUCAACGUGACGCCAGGCCGGCCGGGGCCACCGGCGCGCCCGACAGCCGUCUCUACGGAAGUCCACGGGCUCCCCUGCUACAGGCGUCCAGAACCUGAGCACACGGCCGCCGCCGGGCCCGGCCACCGCCCGCUGCAGCCCGACUCACCGCAGGAGCCUCCCCAGGCCCGUACAUACGGGACGGCACCCCAGUCCUGGAACCCGUACCACAGUCACCUUGCUAUUCGCCUCCUGCCGCCACCGCUGCUGUGUAUUCGCUUCCCUAAGUCACAGCCUGUCCACAAGAACACCUGCCCCAGACGCCAGCUCUACCGCCUGCUGACCCUGCGGGGCACGAGGUCUCCACCCUGCUCCCGCUCAGAACGAGGGGACAGCUUCCGCGGAGCCGACCUCCACCCGAGCGAGCGAGCCAGGGACACAUGGACGUGGCCUUCGCUCUGCCCGCCAUGCGGCGUGGAUGUCCAGGCUCCUGCUGUGUGUCACACACGGUGCUGGGGAGACUGCAGCAUCGCCGCCCCCGACGUAGUCAACAGGCCAGGGCCACAGGGCACGACGCAGCCGCAGGUGGCGGAGGUCUGGGACACGGGGACACCGCCGGGGCCCAUGGUGCAGCCUGGGCCGGGCCGCGAGCAGCCCGCGCUGCCCCCGGGCGCUCCCGCCCCGCGCACGGCAGCCGUCCGAGGCCCCGCGCCCGGCUGCGCCCGGCUGCCCCCGGCCCGCCGGCCGCCUCCUCGCCGGCCCCGCGCAUCCUCCCCUCCGGCCCGGGACUCGGUGCCGCCGCGGGCGAGGACGGGGGCGGCGGGCCGGGGGCAGCGAGGGACGAGCAGCCACGCCCGGGGUCCGGGCCGCCGCGGGCGCCCGUCCGAACCCCACGCGGGUCAGGAAGCCCCGCCGCGGCCGCCCCGCCGUUCGCGAACUUUCCCGUGCGGGGCCCGCGCCGACUUUCAGUUUCCGGCUCCGAGAAAUCCCCUCACGCCCGCGCGCGGGGCCGUCCCUGCCUCCCGCCCGGCCUCCCGGCGCCGCGCGCCCCUGCGCCCCCGCCCCUCGACCCCGACCCCGACCCCCGGCCCUCGACCCCGACCCCGACCCCGACCCCGACCCCACCGUCCCGACUCACCCACGGUCUGCGCGCGCCCGGAACUGCCUGCCCGCCGGCCGCCGCCGCCGCCGCCGCCGCCGCCCCGCCCCCGAGCCCGCCGGAUGGACUGGCGCGGGGACCUACCCGGAGAGCACAGGAAGCCACGGCGGGCGCCGACUGGCCAGCCGUCUCCCCGCCCCCUGCUUCGGGCCCGCCCCCCUGACGGACCGACACAAAAGCCUACCAAGUGCCGGCAGAGAGCCACAGAGGGCGCCGAUUGGCCAGCUUUCUUCCCCGCCCCCCGCCCGGCUCUCGGACGGACGGCUACAAGAGCCUACCGGAAGCGCGCAGGGCGCCGCUGCGGGCGCCGAUUGGGCGGAGCUGCCGCGCUAGGGUACUUAAGUCGCGCCGGGCGCGCUCUCGACAGUCGGCCGGCCCUGGCGUGGGUCGGCUUCUGGAGGCCGCGCGCGGAGGGCCGGCUCCAGGCCGUGGGUCCCGCGGCGGCGCCCGGCGCAGAGCUGCGCCCCGGGGCGCGGCCUACGCGCCCGGAAGCACACGGGCGGAGACUCCUAGAGAGGAGGCGGCGCUCUCCACCGGAGCGAGGGCCGCGCCCGCCGCCCCGUCCCCCCCGACGGCAGCGGGAGCCCGGGCGCCACGGCUCCCAGACCCCCGGGGGCGGCGCCGUGGGACGGCGCUCCUCAGUUUGCAGGAAAAGGGAGGCUCUGAGAGGCGCGAGUCCGUGCUCCGGCCCCACGGCGCCCGGGCACCGCCGCCCGGGGGCCUCGGAGGUCACGCGCACGGUUCAGGGUCGGCGUGAACGAGACCCGGCGGGCCGUGAGGCCGCACGACGGCAGCGCGGCGCCCAGAGCCGCCCGGGUCACACCGCCCGCGUCAGUACGUGGUUCGGACUCGGAAUUGCCCGCUCGCAAACCCCACCGCCCCGGGAUGCUGCGGCCAGGCCACGCGGCCUCCGCUACCGGCUCCGUGAACUGCGAGGCGGAGCAGCCACCCACGGUUCCGUGACUAGGCAAGCUCUCGGGUGUGUGGGUCCCUGGCGGGCCGCGGCCCCUUCGGCCUCCGGGAGCAGCGGCGGGUCCGCGCGCGCCCUCUGUCGGCAGCAUCCGGGACUCCCGCCCAGGCAGGCCCCGAGCACCAGCCCCCCGGGGGGGGGGGGCCUUGCUCCACCGCCUCACUUCGACCCGCGAACCGUAAGAUGCCUCUGCUCACGCUCGGACCCAGAAAGUGAUCGCCUAGCCGAGGUCCGUAGCUCCGUGUCGGCGAGGCUCCGGGUGGCCCUCGGGGGUCUCCCAGCACCCCACCACAGCAGGCAUUUCCCGCCCCACCACUGUACCCUCUGCCAUGGGGCUUUCACCUGUCCAGGACCCUGCAUUCUUCAGCCCAACUGGGACGUCUGACCCUGGUUCUGCCAUCUGUCAGCCGUCCCUCCUUGCUUCCCCACACCCCAGGCCCAUCCCUGGCAGCCCCACCCUCUCCAGCUGGCCCCCUUUCAUCCCCUGGCCAUCUGCAGAGGCCCUGCACUGGCUCCGUCUAGGUGGCCCUGCCUUCUGCAGCUGAAGGCAGUGGCCGCCAGUGCGCUGGAGAAGCUGGCGGCCUCCUCCACUGCCCACCAGCCACUCGCUCUCCUGGACCACAGCCUGCCCUCUCCUCCCGCACUCCUGGCCUCCCCAGUCCUCACUGGGGACGCCCGAUGGGACUUUUAAUUCCCCUUCUCCAUGGGACCAAGUGUAUUCGGUGACAAGGACAAUGGCUGAAAAGAAAAGCAAGUUGUGAAAAUGUUCUCUUGCUGAACUUCAUGUACACAGUCAUGUGACUAAAAAGUAAACACAUUCAAUAAACAGUACA